UAAGGGUACUCGUUUUAAGAGCUUGUGAUCUACGGUAGCAGACGAUGUAUAUUUCUAUGGCCGACGGCUGGUCAGAGUGUCAUGUGGCCAACACAACAUCCAACUGAUUUUACUUCCUUAGCGUUAGUUGGAUACGUCUUUGAGCUGGUUGGACUCGGGGCAACCUAAAUAUCCUGUGGGCGGCCUAAAAAAUCCCGAGGAUCAAAAUUCAAGUCUUCACCUAUAUUCAAAUCCAAGCUUUUGACAACUUGUUCGCCACGCCUCCUAAUCAUCAUGUCUGUCUCACGUCUGGUGGCAAAGUCUAAAGUCGAUGGAAUGGUCAAGCAGAUACAGGAGUGUCCGUUUCAUGACGUCAUAGUUGUCGUCGACAACAUUGAGUUUCCAUGUCAUCGGUUCAUGUUGAGCGCGUGCUCCGACGUCUUUCGAGCCAUGUUCCAGUCAGGCAUGAAAGAGGAUCUCACCAGAAGUGUUGAUUUGAAGGGAAUCGACCCAGAUACCUUCAGGCUCAUCCUUGAUUUUAUCUACUUGUCUAAAUACAUUCUGUCCAUCGACAACAUUUCACGUGUAUGGCGCGCGGCCCACCAGCUUCAGAUGAGUAGCCUUUUAGCCAUUAUUUUCAAAUUUCAAAUGAAAAGGUUGAGCUACGUGAACAGGCCCAGCGCUGAGAUUUAUUUUGAUUCCAAACUUCUUAAUUCCAAGCAGUUAAUGCGUAAAGCCAUGUCAAAUAUGGCGAUACGUUUCAACAAGCUAAGACUUAGUGAGGACAUCUUGCGUCUCGAUGUUGAAGAAAUGAAAACCUUAUUAUCUCAUAAAUUUUUCUUUCCUCGGUCAGAAGAUGAUGUCAUUGAAGCGAUUCUCUUUUGGAUCAGCAAUAAGCCUUUGGCUCUGCACUUAGACGAGUACAAGUCUCCAAAGAGUAGAGACGAUCCAAGCCAGGCCAAUUCAACCAAUCAGCUAGACACAGCAGUGACAGUUGCUGGAGAUAGAAGUGAGUUUCUUUUUGAACUCUUGGCCAAAAGUAAAAUACUGCUGAUCAGCCCAGCUUGCUCUCAAAAUCUUCUGGAGAACAAUCUCGUUCGACGUGAUCCAAGGGCGUUGGCACUUGUUCGAGAGAGCGUCCGCUACCAUCUACAGCCUGGUAGGCGACAUGACUAUUGCCCUUUGUAUGGAAUGAUUCGCCAAGCGAAUGAGUUUACCAAUGUUAUAUUUAUCAUCUCAGAAAGACUUUAUAUUUGCCGAAGAAUUGAUGGCAAAUGGUGCAACAUGCAACCAGAAUACAAAAAAACGCCAGAGCCCGUCUUCAAAUAUUGCCAAACAUUCAAAGCCAGAGAUAGAGAAGAACCCGACAAGAUAGAAGCGGAACCGGAAAUAGUUGAAGAGAAAGAAACUUUGACAUUUAAAAAACCUGAAAAACAUGAAACAAUGGAGAAAGAGAAAGUAGACGAAGAAGAGUCUGAAGAAGAUGAAAUAGAGGAACAGUAUUUGGAACUUGAUAACACAGAUGAAAUGGAGAUAGAAACGCAGCUAGACUGUAAAGCUGUCACUUAUGAGAAUGAUAUCUUUUGGACAGGCAGGACUUAUGGGGUAUUUCUUGCAAGGAAGUAUAAGGCAGCCACCAAUACCUGGAAUCAGAUAGCUAUCCCAAAUAUCGCAAGACAUGAGCCUGCAUUGGUUUGCUUUGAGCAUCAUUUAUAUCUCAUAGGCGGAGCCAACUGUGAAUUGAUUGAAAGGUUUGACGUCGACACCGAACAGAAAGCUCCAGGAUUUGGACGAUGGAAAAAUUAUGGGAAGCUGGUAGUGCCCAUGUCUAACUUAACUGCUACCACAUGUGGUCAUUUGAUUGUCAUCUUUGGAAGUCAGGCGGACGAGAGCUCGGAAACAGUUGUCCAAGUCUUCAACCCUCGAAUCUUAUGGACCUAUAUCUUCAGAAAGAACAUGCCCGUUUCAGCGAACAACUUGGUCUGUUUUAAACACGGGGAGGACACAUUUGUUCUAGAAGGUAGCGGCGCCCUCUGGAAAGUCACAGUCAACAGCCAGCUUGUUCUGGACAUAGGUUUCCACCUUAAGCUCUGGGAUGACCAGACGUUAAAUCUGGCUGGAGCUACAGUAACCAAUCAGGAACUUUUAUUAUUUAUCGACGACCAGCAAGUACCCAAACCAAGAAACGUUGCCAACUUUGAGCAUUUUCAGACGCUCAGAUUCAUUGAAAGUCGAGGUGGCUUUUGUUUUUUAAACACCAUCGUACAUAGAUUACUGGUUGACUUUUAAUACGUUUUAUUGAAAUUAAAAUCUCUGAUUACUGGUGACUACAGAAAAUUUUUCUCCAAUGAAAACAUCUUUCCUGGCAACUACAGACAAUUCUUCUCCAUUGGAAGAAUAUAUAUUGGGAUAUAAAGGUCAAAUGUACAUUUAGAAUUUUUAUUGAAAAAACAAUGUUUAAUAUUUAUUAUAGAUGACUAUAGAAUUGAAUAAAAAUAAAAAUCAGCUAAUAAGAAAAAAAGGAAGGUUACAUUAUUUACUUGCAUGUAUUUAAACAAUAAGAAUUAUCUUAAAAAUACUAUUUGG